AUAUUUUUUAUUUUGCACAGUUUUUUUCAAAAUAUUUAGUCUCCUUUUUCUAUACGAAAAUGGAAAAAAAUAAUGAAACUCUGAUUGAAAAUUCACAAUUCGGCAAUGGACACUCAAACGAAGAAACUAAGUAUCAGUUUGAUCAUCCCCUAUCGGAGGAACCUAAAGACAGGAUGAAUUUAAAUUACAUUAUUAUGAUGAUACAUGGUAUCGGAAUACUUAUCCCUUGGAAUGUGUUCAUCAAUGCAAAUUCGUAUUUUGUAGAUUACAAAUUAAACCCAAAUGUAACUGGCACCCAUGAAUACAAGGAAAAUUUUAUUAGUUAUCUAGGAAUAAUAUCACAAUUGCCAAAUGUUAUCUUAAUGGCAUUGAAUUUAUUCGUUCAAUUUGGAUCCUCUACAAAGGAUAAAAACCCUAAAGCUUACCAAACUCAACCAAGAAUACCUAUUGCAAUCAUUAUUAAUGUAAUUAUGUGUAUAUUCACAGUUAUAUUAGCCAUUUUGGACACAUCAACUUGGCCAAAAGUUUUUUUCAUAUUAACAAUGAUAACUGUUGUUAUUAUGAAUAGUGCUACAGGCAUAUAUCAAAGUUCAAUUUUUGGUUUAGCAGGGAGUCUUCCAAUGAAAUACACAAAUGGUGUAAUUAUAGGAAAUAAUGUAUGUGGAACUCUGGUUGCUUUAGUAUAUAUUCUAGUGAUAUAUGCAUCUCCCAGUCCAAGAUUAUCAGCCAUAUGGUACUUUAUAUCAGCUCAAUUGAUACUUCUGGUGUGUUUUGAUUCUUAUUUUGCUCUACCUCUUUUGAGAUUUUAUAGGUACCAUCUACGUACUCCGAUAAAGUCACAGCAAACUGAUGUAGUUACACAGGAUAGCGGCAGAAAAUACAAAUUGAACGAUUAUUAUUCUGUAUUCACAAAGAUAUGGGUGCAAUGUUUUGGAGUAUUUUUUAGCUUCUUUGUCACCUUAACCAUAUUCCCUGCCAUUCUAGUCAAGAUUGAAAAAAGGGACCCAAAUUUUUUCAUAUCAGAUAAAUACUUUCAGGCCAUUAUCACCUUCCUCAAUUUCAACUUUUUCUCAUUGGUAGGUAACUUGAUAACCGAAAAAUUUAAAAAGCCUGGUCCCAAAUGGGUCUGGUUGCCCAUCCUCCUGCGUGUAUUCUUUAUUCCCUUGUUUUUAUUUUGCAAUUACCGGCCUGACAUUCGAAAAGUGCCUGUUUUGAUCAAAAAUGACUUUGUUUACGCUAUACUCUUAAUUUUGUUAUCAGUUACGAAUGGUUAUUUCAGUUCCUUGACGAUGAUGUAUGCCCCGAGCUUAGUCGAAUCCCGUAUGGCGCCAUUGGCGGGAAUGAUGGCCGCGCUAUUUUUGAUUCUAGGCAUAUUUUGCGGGUUAAAUUUCGCGUUGCUCAUUUCGAAAAUAUUUUAAAAAAAAUUGAUAAAAUAUAUCAAGUAUAUUGAAUCGAAAAACUGUAAAUUUAUGAAUGAAAAUGAAUAAUAUGAACGGAAAUAAAGCCAAUCAAUCAGACUUAGCAUUCUUAUUCAAAAAUGAUCCUUAAAAUAUUUUUUUUAUAGAUCAUAUAUAAUAAGCCAAUUCAAUUUUAUAUUUUAUCUAUAUUCACCGCAUUUUUUAAUUAUUUAGUAUAAAGUUUGAUGUUUGAUUGUGCCUAAUUAUAAUAUAUAUAUAGAGAAUGUUUGAGAGAUUUUAUCAAAUCUAUAUUAUUUUACAAUAUGAUAAGUCCUUUCGUACAAUAUUAAUGAUUUUUAUUUUUUUGGAAUGCCAAAUAUAUAUAAUUGGGUAUUUUUUUUCACAAAAUUAUAUAAAUCAUCACUUUUAUAUAUCAAUUUUUUUUUAAUUUUAAUAAUGUCCAAUUUUUUUAAAAUAUAUUUAAAGUUCAUAAAAUAAUGUAUUAUAAAUUAUUUUUCUACAAAUUUUUAUAAUGAUUUUUGUUUCU